AUGGCUCUCAAGGUCAAAACUGCUGAAACCAAGGUUGUUUUGGCGAACCUGUUGAUAUGCAUGGUAGUUUUCUACACUGUAUACUAUGUGGUCCUAUCCGUGUGCUUCGCAGUAUUCAGGAUUAAAAUGUUGGAUGGCUUGGCACCUUUUGAUUUUAAGACAAAUCCCUCAUGGAUUAACCCAUAUUAUUUAGUUCUUGUGAUAUCAUUGGAAAUAACUUUCUUCGUUUGUGGUCUGCUGUUUGCCCUGGUCGUGGAAGAAUGGGUUUGGGAUUAUGCCGUAACAGUUACUAUUAUUCAUAUCAUCAUAACUUCAGUGGUUAUGUCUGAAUUCCCCUUGAUGUUACACUGGUGGUUGGCAUUAGGAUCUGGAGUAAUUUCAAUGAUCUGUGGAGGACAGAUUUUGGCAUACUACUUGUUCAAAGAUAAUUUCAUUUACCCAAUACUAGAUGAUUUUUGA